GAAAGCGUCUUCCUCGUGGUUACCGUCUCGGUUAGCCAAACAGCUUCUUUUUGUCAUACAUUAAUCGCUGUUGUUGUCUAAUAUAUAUAACGUAUUUUAGACGGAAACCCGUACAAAUGUUUUCAGUGACUGCUGCAAGGGAAAAAUAACUUUACUGAUAGUCUAAACCAAUGUGCUCUGGAAAAUCUCAGAAUAUGGGAGAACAUCUAGCAUGUGAAAGUGAUAUGCUGUCAAUGAUCAGUGAGUAUCUAAGGUUUGCAGAGUUAGAAGACACUGUAAAAGUGUUUGAAAAAGAAAUUAAAAGCAAGGGGAAACCUGCUCUCAAGACUUCGGGGUCUUCUUGCAGAGACUCCAAAAUCAUCAUUAUUCACGAUGAUUUCAUCAGCUCAUUUAAUGAUGGAGACCACAAGGUAUUCUUUGAGCUGUGGGAUAAAAAUAUUCCUUCAGAAAUCCGGGAUUUUGACCAAGUUGUCCAAAAAUUGGAAUUCUACCUAAAAAUUCAUUUCACAAUAUACCCACUGAAGUCCCCCAUAGGAAGUCAUGAUAAAUCUGAGUUUGACAACAGAAUUACACACUUCAAACACUACCUGGAGACUAGAGGGGCAGCAUUGAGCCAGACAACAGAAUUCCUGCCGUUUUACGCUUUUCCCUUUGUGCCCAAUCCUAUGCUACAUCCAUCAUUCCAAGAGCUUUUCCAGGACUCCUGGAUGGCAGAUUUGAGAGCAAAGCUGGAGAAGUUUCUGGCAACAAUGCUAAAAGCUUCAAACACACCGAGGCUUCUGACAUUAUAUAGGGACGGUGGAAAAGGAAACAAAGAGGCGAUUCAUCAAAUGCAGCUCCAACUGGCCGAGGCAGAGAGGAAGGCCGCCAGCCACAUGAGAAAAUUUGUGAAGCUACAGGCCGACCAUCACAACCUCAUCGUAGUCACAGCCGAGCUGGUCGAGUCGCUGGAGGCCACAGUCCGGGGAAAGAUGAUCUCUCCAGAGUACCUGCAAGGCGUGUGUAUGCGGCUCUUCAACGGUCACGUGAGACAGAGUGCUGCUCAGAGUAUAGAUUUCACCAGACCUGGCACUGGAUAUUACUCCAUGAGCCCUUAUGAUGAUGGAUAUGCAUCCUCAUUGCUGCGGGCGUCGGUCGCACCUCAGAGGUCCAAAGAUGUGCCGUUGCUUCCUUCUCUGGACUAUGAGAAGUUGAAGAAGGACUUAUUAAAUGGAUCAGACAGACUGAAGGCUUUGCUGCUUCAAGCUUUGCGUUGGAGGUUGACUCGAUCUCUUCAUGGUGAGCAGAGAGACACAGUUCUGCAGGCUUUCAUCAACAGCGAUCUUCUGGAGUGGUAUAGUACCAAACAGAAAACUGUUCUUCAUCUCAUAAAAUCCAAGAAUGAGAUUGUCAGACAGUAUAUGGCACGCCUUAUCAACGCCUUUGCCUCUUUGUGUGAUGGCCGCAUGUACCUUUCUCAGAUACCUUCUCUACUGAGGUUUCUGGUAGACUCUCUGAGGACGGAAGAGAAAGAGUCGGUAACUCGAGAGAAUGUGCUCGCGGCUCUGCAGAAGCUCAGCCUCAGACGAGUACAACAGUCGGCUAUGAUACGAGACGGUCUGAUUGGCUGGUUGGUCAAAGAGCUUCACGAUUCAGACUGUCUGUCUGACUACACGCUGGAAUACGCCAUCUCUCUGCUCAUGAACCUCUGUCUGCGCACUCAAGGAAAGCAGAAGUGUGCAGAAGAGGCCGAGCAGGUCCUGAAAGUUCUGACGGAGCUCCUGGGACACGAAAACCAUGAGAUCCGGUACUAUGUGAACGGAGCUUUGUACAGCAUCCUGUCCAUGCCAGAGAUACGAGAGGAGGCAAGGAAGAUGAGUAUGGAGGAAAUCUUACGCUGUUACAUGAAAGAUGAAAACCCUGAACUCAACAGACAGAUCGAGUUCAUCAUUAAACAGCUUAACUCAGAGGAUGUCCCUCAGCAUGAAUUUGAGUCGGAUGAUGAAGAGGACGAUGAUGAUGAUGACGAUGAUGAGGAAGACGUUAUGGAGGCAGACCUUGAUAAAGAAGAAGUCCUGCAGCCUCAGCCCAAAGAACUCACUGGGGAGACUUUACUAACAACAAAGUAUUUAGGGAUAAUGACCAACAUGGUAAAGAUGAAAAGAAGAUCAUGUCCUACAUCUCGAAGUAUUGAUGAGCCCCUGCAGAGGCCGGUUACACCCAGUUCCCACAAAAACACCAUAGCUGUUGGGGAUGUGGUCUACCCCCUCAGCACCCGAAGAAGCGAAGACAGCCCUACCCACUCCCGCUUUAGUUCCCGCCCACCUACUCAGACCGGCAGCCGACCCAGCACCGCCAAAUCCAUACGGCAAACAACGGCCACAGAUUCAGAAUGCUGGCGCUCCUCAGUGGAGUCAGGGCUUGCGGGAUCCCCAGAAAGAUGCAUCUCUCUGCCAGGCCAGGAUGAUGCCAAUGGCCACUCCUACAGUGUGCAGUGCAUCGGGUUUGCAUGCCAGCCAAAGAUUCCUCCCACUCCUGACAGUGACGCAGGCAGUGCUGGCCGGUCCCGUCUACCAACGUUGGCCCCUCAGUUCUCCAACAGCGAGCCCCAGCAGAGCAACAGCAGGCCCGGAUCGGCCAGAGGCUCCGAUGGGCGGCGUAGCCAACAGAGCAGUCAGUCGAACAGGAAGUGAAGACUGAAUCUUUCAGCAGGUGAGGCCUGUCGGCAGAGGAGCAUCCAGCUUCCUGUAACAGCAUCCAGAGAUCUCAUCGGGGCCGUGUGUCCGUGUGCCUGGUGGAACAAAGCUCAGGAUUGUCGCUUCUAACGGCCUUUCAGCCCCCACUUCUGUAACACAACACGCUUCAGCAAUAAUCACAAGUACUUUCAUUACCUCACAAGCGUCCGAACGCCUGCCGCUCCGCUCCUGCUUUGUUACUCUUGAACCCUGACCACCCUCGCCUAGAAGAGGAAGAUUUAUAACGUGCAAAAAUGAAGGCUGCGCUCCAUUAACUUGAUUGUGUAAUCCAUUAGAAUUUAGUGUUCUGUAUUGUAGAUUGCUGUUUUUAUUGUAGCUUUUGUGUGGUUUCAGUUGAUGUUUAACCCCUUUAUAUUAAAGUGAUACAUUAAUGAUCUUAAAUUAGUUUUGCAUGAUGUGACUGAGAAAUCUAGUUAGUGUUAGUACCUAACAUGGGGUCAUACUUGGGACAUUCUCUGUAGUUUAUUUUAGGAUUUGACUCUUGGUUUUGUUUAAAAAGGCUUUGCUACUUAAUUGUGAAUUUUUUUAUAUGAAAUACAAAUAAUACAUUUUAUAUAAAAAUGUUGCUGUUUUUAUUUACAAAGAUUAUGUAACUAACCUAAAAUGAAGGGCAAAUAAAAAUGUGUUGUUUCAAUAUAAUUCCCAGAAACAAAUAUAUCUUAAAUCUAAGUUAAUAUAACUUACAUUUUUAUUUAAUAUUAUACAAAUAUGAAGCUCUUAUAGAUAUUAGAUAUAUCUUAUAGAUAUUACCAACUUUUACAUAUUGUAAGACAUGUUAGGGCAAAUUAUUUUCAGUUAAGAGAGCUCAAACAUUAAUUUUAGUCUGGAACUAAUCUUAAGCCUCGUCUGUGAAACCGGUCAAAAGUGUUAUAUAUUGUUUAUACUUUUAAAGACUUACUUGCUCUGAAUUUGAUUAUUACCAAAUAUAUUCAGAUAUGUGUGAAACUUUGAAUUGUUUGCUCUGCCCUAUUGGUACAUACUCUUAUAUAACACUUAGCUUUGAAGACUUUUUUUGUUAUAUUUUGAUCUAAACUGUCACGCUAUGGCAGAUGAGAUCUUGUGUCCUGCUGUGUGUCACGUCCUUCCCCCGCCGGCCUGAACAUCUGCACAUUUGUAUGCGCAAGCAACCGCAUACACACAAGAUACCCCAGCUGAACGCUGUUGAAAUCUCCAGUGAACUCAUUUACUGCUUCAUACCUGUCUAUUUUGGGUUAUUUGGUAUUCUUUCGCUCUUUUGUAGUUUGAUUACACGUAUUGUGUAACCUAAUUGUCUCAGAUAUCUAAGUGUGGUGAAGCGUGAGUUUUUCUUUAAGUAGGGAAAAUACCACAACAAAGCGAUGGGAUUAAUGUUGAAUAAAUGUUGAGCAACAAUUUCUAGAAGACUUGGAUGUCAUUUCUACUAAUAAAACUGGUUAGUUUGGUGUUUAGAGUUGU